AUGCCCCUUCCCACCACGGCUUCCCAGCUGACAAGCCAGAGGUGCACAGCAGCUGCAGAAGUCCGGGGCUCAGGCCCCGAUCGCGCCUGUGCACUAUCAAUCCCUCGGCAGGUCCGUCAGGGCAAAAAUGCACCAACAUCUACCAAAUUGUUCAUUGGCAAUCAUCCUGGGAUCUGGGAGAUGGGCAGAACAAACUGGAAAGCACCCAUAACGGCUGCUGGAUCGGGAGUGACAACAGCGGACAGGCCAUACGAAGCCCUCAAAGGCAAGGAGGUGUAUGUGGCUUCAGAUCAGCGGCUUGUUGAUGUGACCAGCCUGUGGGGUGGCGAUGAGCGGUGCGUAUUGGUCUUUGGCCGCAGCAUGGGCUGA